GCCACGGCAGAUCAUUCAAGCCAGCGCCGGAACCAUAUCCCCGCACACUGUCUCCGAGACCUGUCCGAGACAUUUAAGUCGCCUGUCUUCCAACCUUACCGCAUCACCGCGCACCAUUCCUCUCCGCAUCCACCUCUCAACAUGACUUGGGUUCUUGGAUGGCCUCUACGCAACGAGGACGCGAUAGAAAUAGCCAAGAAGCACAAUCUCGUCAAGAACCCGAAAGCAGAUGAGCACAGGCUUGCUCAGGCUGCCAAGAUAUGGGUGGGCGACCAAGUCGGCAUCAUCAACGCAAUGGCCUGCUGGGUGAACGACAUGCCCGAGCUCGUUUUUGCCGCGUACGUCGAGUUCGGGGAUAGGAGUGACCCUCCGGCGAAAGUCUCCCCCGCGAACAUGAUCUCGGACAAGCAGUUCAACCGUCUCAAGCGUGCCAUGCCGCUCAAGAACUUUGGGUGGUACCAGCAUAAUGACCCGUACUCCAAGCUUUACAGGAACUCCGAUAAUGACGAGGAUGAGGAUAGCGACGGCAGCGGUGGCGAGAGCAGCGACGAGGACGGCGACAGCGACGAGAGCAGCAAUGAAGGUUCUGAUGGUGAAGAGCGGAUGGAUACGGCCAAGGACUCUGCAGGAGAUGAUAGUGACAACGAGACUGUCACCGACGGUGUUGUCUCCGCUGUGGAUUCUGUGGUUGACGAGGGCGCCCAGUCACUGUCGCGCGAGUUCCAUGAGGGCUGCCAUAUUGACGAAUCACUCGCAUGAGGCAGGAUAAGCCACGGUGCAUCCGAGUCCUGUCCGCAUUGUAUUUCUGACCCUGUCGCGCUGUCCAAGUUUUCAAGCACGUCGCCAGCAUCUCGUCACCAUCAAAUGUCCAUAUUCCCGUGCACGUCGAUAUUGUAUGAUACGCUACCACACAUGUAUGUUGAUCCUGUAUAAUUGUUCCUGACAUCUCGAAGAGUACAUCGCCC